AAUGCUCAGACUGGGUAUGUGAUUUUGAAAGUUAAAAAGGAUGCUGCUGAUAUGGGGUAUAACUUUGAUCAGGACGCUGGUAUUGGGUAUAACGGUGAUCAAGAUGCUGCUAUGACGUAUGACAGUGAUCAGGGCAUUGAUACAGUGUAUGGUGGUGAUCCAGACACUGAUAUGACAUAUGGGGUGAUCAAUCAGAACACUGGUAUGGGGUAUGGCGGUGAUCAGGAUGCUGGUAUGGGGUAUGGUGAUUAUGAGGACGCUAGUAUGGAAUAUGGGAUGAUCAGAAUGCUGGCAUGGGCUAUGGCCGUGAUCAGGAUGCUGGUAUGGCAUAUGGCUGGGAUCAGAACACUGGUAUGAGGGUCACACCACUAGAACACUGGUAUGGGUAUGGCUGUGAUCAGGAUGUUGGUAUGGUGGUGAUCAGGACGCUGGUAUGGGGUCUGGCAGUGAUCAUGGUGCUGGUAGGGCUUAUGGUGGUGAU